UCAUCAUGGCUGAGAGGGAUAAAUAUAUAUAUACUAAUUUAAAAUCUCCUACACUAUUCCUUUUGAACUUGAUGCUGAGAAUGGGAGGCAGGUAUAUGAUUAAAGAAGAAGAAGAAGAAGAGCAUCAAAGAAUCAUGCAUUGAUUUCAAAGAAGCGCUUUAGAUUCAAGUCUCUCUCUCUAUUCCCCUUAAGAGUUUACCGGUGACGGAACCUUACUCCAAUCACAUCCUUACACGUCAGACUCCCCGUAUCGUUAUUCCACGUGUCCUCCUUCUCACCGACUCCGUCUCCUUUUCCGUUAAACCCCCACCGAACAAGAUCAUUACGCCACAAACCCUAACCCUAUCUCCUUUUCACGUUCACAUCCAUGGCCGACGACGAAGACCAGAUCCGAUCUCACUCCGAUUCACCGGAUCCUUCUUCUUCUCCGCCACCGUCCGGAAAACUCACGGUAACGGUGGCUUCCCCAGCUCCGUCUCAGAAAGAUCCCGACGCGCCGCCUCUUGCGCCGCUUCCGAUCAAAUCCAGCGGCGGCGGCGGAGGGAGGGAGGAUUGCUGGAGCGAGAAGGCUACAGGCGUUCUGAUCGAUGCGUGGGGGGAGAUUCACUUGGAGCUGAGCAGAGGGAACCUGAAACAGAAGCACUGGGAGGAGGUGGCGGAGAGGGUGAGAAGCAAGGAGGAUAACGGUAAAGCUCCCAAGACGGAUGUACAGUGCAAGAACAGGAUCGAUACGGUCAAGAAGAAGUAUAAGCAAGAGAAGUUAACAAGUGGCGGGAGCAGCAGCAGCUGGGUGUUCUUCGAUAAGCUCGACCGUUUGAUUGGUUCAACGGCCAAGAUCUCAUCUGGAGGAAGCAGAGGUUUGAAUCUUUACCAUCAGCAAGGUAAGGCUGAAACGCCGCGUUUUGGAGGUAAGGCUAGGGUUACAUCUGCUUCGUUUAAGCGAUUGCCUUUGAGGAGGAAGAGGAAUGUGUCUGAUUCAGAUUCGGUGUUUGAAGCUGGUGUCUCUGAGGACUCUGGGGACAGUCUACCACCUCCUCCUCUGUCGAAGAAGAAGCAAGGAGGAGGAAACAAGUGGAGGGAGCUAAGUCGUGCGAUCAUGAGAUUCGGUUGAGAUGGAGAAAGAGAGGUUGAAGUUCUUAAAAGAGCUGGAGAUGCAGAGGAUGCAGUUCUUUGUGAAGAUUCAGUUGGAGUUAUCGCGGCAAAGGGAUGAGAAUGGGAAACAACAGUAGUAAUAACAAAGACAGCAGCAAUGUGAUUGUCGACGACGGUGUUGAUAACUAGAGUUUAGUGAUUGAGGUUAUUUU